AGCACCACUUCCCCACAGCCCCACGGCUGGACCGAAGCCCUCAGAGCCUGAGUCCUCAUCUUCACACACAGAGGACAGGAUCCAACCCAUUUCACAGAACAGAGCUGGAGCCUCGGACGCGUCGUGACUGCAGUCAUGAGCAACGGAGCCAGGAGCUGAGCCUAGCCCUGUUCCAAGCAAGAGCUCUAUGGAUGCCGGCGGAGUGGUCCCUUUACAGACGGAGAGACUGAGGCUUUGAGAGACGUCUCUACUGGACUGGACCUCAGUUUCCCCAUCCUCUGAGUAGGUGGGGUACCCUCUGGCCCUGGCCAGCGCCAUGGGCAGCAACAAGAGCAAGCCGAAGGAGGGGGGCCAGCGGCGCCGCAGCCUGGAGCCCACCGAGGCCCCAGGUGCCUUCCCGGCCUCGCAGACGCCCAGCAAGCCGGCCUCUGCCGAUGGCCUCCGAGGCCCGGCCUCCGCCUUUGCGCCCACUGCUGCCACCGCUGAGCCCAAGCUGUUUGGGGGCUUCAACUCCUCGGACACCGUCACCUCCCCACAGAGGGCAGGGCCGCUGGCCGGUGGAGUGACCACCUUUGUGGCUCUCUAUGACUAUGAGUCACGAACAGAGACUGACCUGUCCUUCAAGAAAGGGGAGCGGCUCCAGAUCGUCAACAAUACAGAGGGAGACUGGUGGCUGGCCCACUCGCUCAGCACAGGACAGACCGGCUACAUCCCCAGCAACUAUGUGGCGCCCUCAGACUCCAUCCAAGCUGAAGAGUGGUACUUCGGCAAGAUUACCAGACGGGAGUCAGAGCGGUUACUGCUGAACACAGAGAACCCAAGAGGGACCUUCCUGGUGAGAGAAAGUGAGACCACGAAAGGUGCCUACUGCCUCUCGGUGUCUGACUUCGACAACGCCAAGGGCCUCAAUGUGAAGCAUUACAAGAUCCGCAAGCUGGACAGCGGUGGCUUCUACAUCACCUCCCGCACCCAGUUCAACAGCCUGCAGCAGCUGGUGGCCUACUACUCCAAGCAUGCCGACGGCCUGUGCCACCGGCUCACCACCGUGUGCCCCACAUCCAAGCCGCAGACCCAGGGCCUGGCCAAGGAUGCCUGGGAGAUCCCCCGAGAGUCCCUGCGGCUGGAGGUCAAGCUGGGCCAGGGCUGCUUCGGGGAGGUGUGGAUGGGGACCUGGAAUGGCACCACCAGGGUAGCCAUCAAAACCCUCAAGCCGGGCACCAUGUCUCCAGAGGCCUUCCUGCAGGAGGCGCAAGUCAUGAAGAAACUGAGGCACGAGAAGUUGGUGCAGCUGUAUGCCGUGGUGUCAGAGGAACCCAUCUACAUUGUCACGGAGUACAUGAGCAAGGGGAGUUUGCUGGACUUCCUCAAGGGGGAAACGGGCAAGUACCUGCGGCUUCCUCAGUUGGUGGACAUGGCUGCUCAGAUCGCCUCGGGCAUGGCAUACGUGGAGCGGAUGAACUACGUCCACCGGGACCUCCGCGCGGCCAACAUCCUCGUCGGGGAGAACUUGGUGUGCAAGGUGGCGGACUUUGGGCUGGCCCGCCUCAUUGAGGACAACGAAUACACGGCCCGGCAAGGUGCCAAGUUCCCCAUCAAGUGGACAGCGCCCGAAGCAGCCCUCUACGGCCGCUUCACCAUCAAGUCGGACGUGUGGUCCUUCGGGAUCCUCCUGACGGAGCUCACCACCAAGGGACGGGUGCCCUACCCUGGGAUGGUGAACCGGGAGGUGCUGGACCAGGUGGAGAGGGGCUACCGCAUGCCCUGCCCGCCCGAGUGCCCCGAGUCCCUGCACGACCUCAUGUGCCAGUGCUGGCGGAAGGAGCCGGAGGAGCGGCCCACCUUCGAGUACCUGCAGGCUUUCCUGGAGGACUACUUCACGUCCACCGAGCCGCAGUACCAGCCCGGGGAGAACCUAUAGGCAAAGGCGCCCCCAUGACUGCGCUUGGCCUCCCUCGGCUUGGCUGGUCUGGGCUCCCGGUGGGUCUCGGAGGUGGGGCCUGGCCGCCCUCUGCCCGCCCACCGUUGGCCCUUCCCCGGAGGGCUGAAUUCAUCACCAAGGCCAAGGCCUCUGCCGUGGGGGACAGGGAAGAGCUUCUGGACCUGGGGCGGCCCAAGAAGACGGACCGAGGCCAGCACCAUGACCACCAUCUCAGCGUCUGCUCCGGCCACACACCUGCUCCCUGCCAUCCCUCCGAGUCCGUCCCUCUCUGGAGGAGGAACUGGGAAGAAGGGCUGGGCCGGGAUGUCCUUUUCCAGAUGGACCCCUAGCGCCCGCCUGCUCCUUCCCCACUCCCGCCACCCCAGGGCUGUCUCGAGAACUGGCCUUUCCAAAGAGGAGCAAUGGCCCCAGGCCCUCAGUCAGCUCGCCAGCAGCCUCCCGCCUUCCAGGGCUGAGAUGUCUGUGAGUGGAGCUCCUGGGUCUAGCACCUUCUCCUAGGCUGGGCAGCCCAUGGCCCAGUGGGAUUUGGUGAUGGGGGAUGGGAUGAGCACUGCCCCCAAAUCCUACCUGUCACCCCAGGGACCUUUGGAAAUGGUCAGUUCCUCGCCCCCAUUUUGCCCAUAGGGAAACUGGGUGUAGAGGAGGUAUGAGACUUGCCCGGGGCACAGAAGAGUUAGGAUCGUGGGACCGGCGGCCAGCGCUCCCUCUGUCGUCCUCAGGAAUUGUUCUCAGAGGCAUUGUGGACGGAUGGACGGGGACAGCCAAGGGGACAGGGUCUAGAGAUGGAUUGGGUAGCAGAGUCCUAUUAUAGUUGCCGUUUUGCGAGUCUGUCUGUCCAUUGUUGGGAAGAAAAUGGAGGCAGGUGUGAGGCUGAGCCAGGAGUAGAGGAAGGAGAUGGUGGUUCAAGGAAGCAGCUUCAGUCAGAAUGUGGCCAGGGUUUGAUCUUUGGAACCAGCUGGACACACAGGGGAGGGAGCUCCCAGGCUCUGGAAGCAAUCAAGUGGAGGCAGAAGAACAUGGAGGCUGGGAGGCCCUGUCCCUGGCCUCUGCAGGGAACCCCAGGUCCUCCUUUUCUAUUGGUCCUGAGCAUUUCUCCUCUGGGCUCCUGCGCUCCUCCCCAGGCUGGCAUUUAUAACUCAUAGCUGUGGAGAGGAGUGUCUUGGCUGUGUGACCCUGGGCAGCUCUGCUCCCUCUCUGAGCUGCCAGGUCUGCAGGCCUGUGUGUGGCCCUGGCCUCUGUACCAGCUCAGUUCCUGUCCAGACCCAGCGGCUGGGCAAUCGCGUGGAGCCCAGCCCCGGGGACAGCAGGUGACUGUUUGGAUCCUUGUGUUGCUGUCUAGCCUUAGGGGUAUGGUGUGGCGCUCUUUCUCCUGGGCCUGUCUGUCUCUGUACACAAUGGGCAGCUGCCCAUGGUGACCCCUGCCAAGGGCCCCUGUGGUGUCUGUGUGUGUGCAUCUGUGUGUCUCCAUGUGCGUCCGUAUUUAACAUGUACAAAACGCCCCUUCUCUGUCCCUAGUGGUGCCCAUUUCACCCACUGUCCUGUCACAGCAAUAACAUUCCUUCUGUGGGGCUUCUCAGCCCGCCGGGCCCCCAUGGUGACGUCCGAAGGCCGUGUGCCAGGCCACGGGGCUGGCUGAUGAAAUGCCACCUUUUCCUCCCAUUCCUGUCUCCUCCUCCCAUCUGCCCAUCACCUCUGAGCUCGGUCACCCGCGUGUCCCCCGCCCCGCCCAGCUGCCCAGGGCCCUUUGUAUGAGGUGUCCUAAUCCUGUCUUCUUUUUUUUAAACAGUGUUUUGUAGAUUUCAGAUGACUAUGCAGAGGCCCCAGGGACCCCUGCCCCUCCCCCAGCUCUGGGCGGGCUUAGCGAUGCCGCAUUCCAAGGCCCAGGCUUGGGGAAAAGGGGGGGCCGUGUCCAGAAUUGGUUGUAAAUACUUUGCAUAUUGUCUGAUUAA